AUGUAUGAAUGUGACCCAACAGCUCAAUUUGAUGAUAAUAAUUUGCCUGACGAUUUGUGUGAUGCAAUUUAUCAACAAACAGCAUCGUGUGCAUAUAAUGGUGCCAUUGUCUGGGAUGUCGGUGGUAAUGAUAUGGUUGCAUUUCCAGAAGAAGCUGGCUAUCCAAUGGGUGGUGAUUUUCCCAUCAAAUAUUAUAUGGUUCAAAUACACUAUCACAAUCCCAAUCAACUUUCGAAUCGCACGGACAGUUCAGGUAUUCGCCUUUAUAUCGGUAAAGAACUUCGUCAAUAUGAUCUUGGCUAUUUGACUUUGGGCACUAUUUCAACGCCGCGCGCUCUGGCCAUUCCACCGAAAGUAGAACGAUUUAUCAUUGAUUCGUACUGUUCGGCGACUGCUACGAUGAACUUUCCGGAAGAAGGAAUUACAAUUGUUUCUGCUUUUCCACAUAUGCAUUCGCAUGGUCGAUCAGUAUGGACAAAACUGAUUCGAAAUAAAACAGCUUUACAAUAUUUAUUCGACACAGAAGAGUAUGAUUCCAAUUAUCAAUAUGAAAACCGUUUAUCACAACCGAUCAAAUUAUACCGAGGUGACGAACUUGCGACAAGAUGUAUCUACAAUACUAUGAACAAGGAUACGAUCACUUUGGGUGGUGAAAGAGCCGAAGAUGAAAUGUGUCGUCAUGUAAUGAAAUACUAUCCUCGAGUGAAUAAUAUGUAUAAUUGUGUGAUGAUGAAUAGUCCACAAAUAUGGAACUCAAUGAUGAACACUUCUUCGUCAGUUUAUUUACAUCAAAAAUUUAUUCUUAGUCUUAUUGAUGUGUAUUUAGAUCAUCUUUCAAUGAUUCCAUAUUAA